GAGCGCGCGCCGGGCAUGGAGGACGGCGUGGCGGGGCCGCGGCUCGGGGAGGCGGCGGAGGCGGCCGCGGCGCGGGCGCCCCCCGGGGUGACUCUGAGGCCCUUCGCGCCCUUCUCCGCGGCCGCCGGGGCGGACGAGGGCGGCGGCGACUGGAGCUUCAUCGACUGCGAGAUGGAGGAGGUGGAUCUGCAGGACCUGCCCAGCGCCACCAUCGCCUGCCACCUGGACCCGCGCGUGUUCGUGGACGGCCUGUGCCGGGCCAAAUUUGAAUCCCUCUUCAGGACAUAUGACAAGGACAUCACCUUCCAGUAUUUUAAGAGCUUCAAGCGUGUCCGAAUAAACUUCAGCAACCCCUUGUCUGCAGCUGAUGCCAGGCUGCAGCUGCAUAAGACUGAGUUCCUGGGGAAGGAGAUGAAGUUGUAUUUUGCUCAGACAUUACACAUAGGAAGUUCGCGCCUGGCUCCACCCAAUCCAGACAAGCAGUUUCUCAUCUCUCCUCCAGCCUCUCCACCCGUUGGUUGGAAGCAAGUAGAAGAUGCUACCCCAGUCAUAAACUACGAUCUUUUAUAUGCCAUCUCCAAGCUGGGGCCAGGUGAGAAGUAUGAGCUGCAUGCAGCGACAGACACCACUCCCAGCGUGGUGGUCCACGUGUGCGAGAGUGACCAAGAGAACGAAGAGGAGGAGGAGACGGAGAGAAUGAAGAGGCCCAAGCCAAAAAUCAUCCAGACGAGGAGGCCGGAGUACACGCCCAUCCACCUCAGCUGAACUGGCUCACAGGCCGAGACGGCGCGCUCGAAACCCCACGCGUGGGGGAGGAGUCUUUUCUGUGCAGGUGGCUGGUCAUAGCUUUGGAGGCGACAGCCGUGGCCACUGUGGCAGGAAUUCCAGUUGCUCAGAAGAGAAUGAAGGCUCUGUCUCCUUGCUCUGAUGCUGCACCUCAGUCUGUGUCCGUGGCACCCAGGAGUGCCUUGGGCCAUUGGCUGAGUCUGUGGUAAUCGCACAAGGGUAUCUGGGACAUCCUGAGAUAAUGAUAAUGGUAGUGUCUCGUACUUGCUCUUUUCUAGGUUCUGUUUUUGCCAAGGACAGGUUGACUAGUGGCCCCGGGGAAAGGUUUCUGUUUCCAGCCAGCGUUCAGGGUCCAGGCCCCCACUGGUGGGCAGAGGCACCCCACAAAGCCACCGAGCCCCCAGUGCAGGAAGGUUACGGGACAGCCCCGGUGCCGUGUGGAAAUUGUCCUCCUCACCCCCCCCCCUCGUGUUCUGACGCUCACGCAUGUACGUCACUGGGUUCUAAGACUGACGUGUGUUUGUGUAUGAAUCCGCCGUUGUUUUCCAUCCUGGGAAGCUGGGGGGGGGGCACUGGGAAACUAUGGCCUUUCCUGGUCUCUGGCUCUCUCUGCAGCAGCGCCCGCGUGUGGGGUCGCCCCUGGAGAGGGCCACAUGUCACCCUGUCCGGCGUACCAUGGCACUUGUGCUUUCUUGCACAAGACGUUGAUCUUGAGUUCCUGUGUAGAAGUUAGCUUAUGCAAUGCGGAGCAGCGGUUUGGCUGUCAGGUGCCGGUGGGUGGCAAGUUAAGUUUGAGGUUAGGUGUUGGGUUCAGGCAUCCCUUUCCAUUGUUUCUUUCCUGUAGGGGUUUGUACGUGGGUCUCAGCCAAAAGUCUCUUUGGCAACUGUUUGUUGAGACAGUUUUUCACCCCCAUUGAAACGUGAAGAUAAACUUGUAAAUAAAGCCAAGAGCAAGCA